UCUCAUCGUAUUGCUAAGCCUUAUUCUCAUUCUUCACAGAAAUCAUCCCUUCUUUCUGCUAUAGCUACCUUUGGCUCCCUUUCGCUCAUGCCUUGCUCAUACUGCGAAGAUUACAAUCUUUCAGCUGAGUAUAAGAUUGCCGAAUCCGAAUCUUCCCAUUAUCAGACCUAUAUACAUCUGAGUUUAUCGAAUUGCAAUGUUUGUAAUCUAAUGCCUGCACAAUUGAAUCGCAUAAUCGCUUAA